AUGAACUCAUCAGCGUUGUCGCUUCCGUCGCCGCUCGCCGGAAAAAGGAUUAUCGUUGUAGGAGCAGGCAUAGCCGGCCUAAGUUUUGUCGUCUCACUUCGCCGAAUCUGGACAGAAGGGUUGGGGGAGUUUCCUGAGGUGGUACACUACGAGCGCGAGGAAGAGAUGCCUAGCGAAUCUCAGGAGCGCUACUCUGUCAGGAUACGUGGCAGUGGAUCCUCUGCUGGAGCGCACGCUCUGCGGAAAAUGAGGCUCCUCGAGACGUCGCUGAAGAGUGGCAUCACCCGACCAGGAUACGCUCGAGGUCAUACACGAGGCUACAUCACCGUCAGGUCCCUCGAUUGGGUUCGGCUUGUCAGCCUUCGUGAUGGAGUCCGCGCAAAUCCCCUCAACGCCGACUUCCGCAUUGGAAGGUUGAAAAUGCGUCACAUACUUCUCAGAGUUGCAAACGAGUAUGGCAAGAUCAGUUGGGGUUCUGCGUGUAGUGAAGUUUCAAGUAGUGAAGACGGGAGGCUGCAUCUGAAAUUGGACAGCGGCAAGGAAGACGUGUGCGAUUUUUUAGUCGUUGCCGACGGUGCGAACAGCAGAAUACGAACAUGGCUCAGGCCGAAUGACAAGCUGAGCUUUGCUGGACCAAUCAAUAUCUCAGUCGUCUCCCGCUUCUCUGGACCACCUCCCUACCCUUUGAAUAGAGAUUGGGGCAUCGUUGCUAGUGGUAAUGCGCUCGCGCUAUUCACCUGUCCAGUAGAUGAAACGACGAUACAUUGGAGCCUGAGCUACAUGGCGAAAGAGCCUGGAGACCUACCGAGAUCUCCAAUAUCACGCAAGCUGGGUGCACAUAUCCUUCGCGAAGCUCAAGAACGAGGAAUGGCCUUCGGGAAGCCUUUCCGUAUCCUUAUAGAGAACAGCGACGCCACUACGGUCAGGGUCUUUAACUCAAAAGACAAGAAACCAUUUGCCCAUGGAACAGCCAAUAAAAUACCCCGUGGUGUCGUAUUUAUCGGCGACAGCAAUCAUGCUGUCACUCCUUUUGCUGGCAGUGGGGCGAAUAUGGCCCUUUUGGACGGCUACGACCUUGCCGAGUGCCUUUGCAUGCAUAGGUCUAUGGACGAGGCCGUGACAGCCUAUGACAGAUGCAGUCUGCCACGUGCUCGCACCUUAUUGAGAAAUUCGCAUUUCACUAUCGCAGUCGCACACGCCACUGGCUGGAGGUGGUUUGUCAUCCACUUACUAUUGCAGUUAUUUGGCUACCUCAAACUGCUCUGGACGCGGUAG